AUGGCAUCUCUUUUAAGAUCUAUCAUAACUGCACCAUACGACGUCCUCAAGGAGGUCGACAACAGGCUGGGUCUGAGUCAUGAUAUUGGACUAGUUCUCAAGUUUGGCAAGAUCCAGCAAAAAAUGGACCAAGCUAAAACAGAAGGAAGGGCGACGUAUAUUGAUUUCUUUAUGAAGUCGGUAGCUGAUAACCCCAACAAGGAAGCUCUAGUCUGCGAAGGCCGAAGCUACACAUACUCUGAACUAAACCGAGACUCGAACCGAGUCGCAAACUACCUCAUCAACCUCGGUGUCAAACCCAACGACAUGGUGCCCGUCUUUUUCGAAAACAGCCCUGAAUUCAUCCUCGUCUUUCUCGGGCUCAUGAAAUGUGGUGCUGCUGGUGCGCUCAUCAACAACUCUUUAACUGGACGCUCACUAGCACAUUGUGUCAACGUUGCAAACGGAUCGGUUUUCAUAUUCUCGAGUGAUUUGAGUGGGGCUGUUAAAGAGGUUAUCCCCGAGUUGAAUAAUUCGCCAAGGCUCGUUUCGUUUGGGAAUACGAGAGUUGAGUUUGCUACGUGUUUUGGAGAUACUGAGAUGGGGAUGUCGUCGCCUGAGGAUGUUGAUCCCAAGAUUUAUGAGGCGCCUGGUGCUGAUGGUGCCGCUUGUUUGAUUUAUACGAGUGGAACAACUGGUCUACCCAAAGGUGCAAUAUACAAGCACUCGAGACUCGUUGGAGCCUCCUUCAUCUUCUACAAUGCAUUCAACAUGAAUGCUAAUGAUCGAUUCUACACCGCUCAGCCACUUUAUCAUUCUGCUGCUCUUGUGAUAUGUUUCAGUACUUGCAUGAUGAACGGAUUGACAUGUAUUGUCGCCAAAAAGUUCUCUGCUUCUCGUUUCUUUGAUGACUGUAAAAGGUAUAACGCAACCAUAUUUCAAUAUAUUGGAGAGCUGUGCCGAUACUUGCUCAACACGCCUGCUGAUGCUACGAAAGAUCGCAACCACAACAUCCGAUUGUGUGUUGGUAAUGGACUCAGACCAGACAAUCGAUUCGGUAUUGCUCAAAUUGGUGAAUUCUACGCUGCAACAGAAGGUGUCGGUGGGCUGUUCAAUUUCUCUGUUGAUGCCUCAACUCUUGGAGCUGUUGGUCGCAUGGGUCCCAUAUUACGAUCGUUGACGCGUACCAAGAUUGUGAAAUUUGAUAUUGAAAAGGAAAUUCCUGUUCGAGGACCUGAUGGACGUUGUAUCGAAGUCAAGGUUGAUGAAGCUGGUGAAAUGAUUACUGAGAUUGAUCCAGCAAAGAAUCGGGAGUUUGCUGGAUACUAUCGAAAUGCAGAAGGCACAAGCAAGAAACUAUUGACAAAUGUAUUCAAGGAAGGCGACCAGUGGUAUCGAUCUGGUGACUUGCUCAAAUAUGAUAGCCAUGGGAAGUUUUACUUUGUAGAUAGAAUUGGGGAUACGUUUAGAUGGAAGGGAGAGAAUGUUUCUACGAACGAGGUCGCUGAACUGAUCAACCUCUAUCCUGGCAUCGAAGAGGCGAAUGUGUAUGGAGUUGCUAUUCCAGGCAAGGAUGGAAGGGCCGGUAUGGGAGCCCUUGUAACAAACAGCAAAUUCAAGCUGGAAGGAUUUGGUAAAUUCGUAGCUUCCAAGCUGCCCAAGUAUGCUGUACCACUCUUCAUUAGGAUGCUGCCACAGAUGCAAAUCACCCAGACCUUCAAGCACCAGAAAGUUGCAUUACGUUCCGAGGGUAUUGACUUGGGUAAAGUGACUGAUGCCUUAUACAUGUUUGAUGAGAAGAAUAAGGUCUAUGUACCCUUUGGGGCCGAAGAGUACAAGCAAGUUAUUGAUAUUCGUGCUAAGUUUAAAACUGAUACACCUGUAUUUCUGAAGAAGGAAUAUGGAACAUAG